AUGCCCUCGGAGCACAGGGCCGUUCUGGUGCGGCUCCCCACGCGGGAGCGGCUGCGGCUGGUCGUGGGGGUGCAGGCCGCCGGGCACGAGCUCUUCCAGCAGGUGUGCGACCUGGCCGGCAUCAGAGAAGCCCACUUCUUUGGCCUCAGUGUGAUAAGAAACAGCGAGCACGUCUUCAUGGAUUUGGAGCAGAAGCUCAGCAAAUACUUCUCAAAGGACUGGAAGAGAGAUACGCAUAGAGGAGGCGGCAGGCCCGGCGCCCCCUUCGUGGCCUUCCUCAGGGUGCAGUACUACGUGGAAAACGGAAGGCUUAUCGGCGACAGGACGGCCAGGCACCUGUACUACUGCCACCUGAAGGAGCAGGUGCUGCGGUCCCAGUGCACCCACCGGGAGGAGGCCUUCUUCCUGCUGGCUGCCUACGGGCUGCAGGCCGACCUGGGCGAUCACCGCGAGCCAGCACACUCGGGCCGCUACUUUGAGCCGCAGGCCUACUUCCCGCAGUGGAUCAUCACCAAGAGGGGCAGCACCUACAUCCUCAGGCACGCGCCCGCCCUCCACCGCGAGCAGCGGGGCCUGAGCCCCAAGGAGGCCGUGCUGCACUUCAUCCGGGAGGCCUGCCGGCUGGAGGACGUGCCCGUCCAUUUCUUCAGGCUGCACAAGGUCCAGCUGCGGGCUGGGCGGCCCGGGUGGGGGAGGGCGGAUAAGAAGGAGGACCGACCGACCAUUGUCCUGGGACUGACCCUCGGGGGAGUGCAGGUCUACCAGGAGGUGAACCACGCUCCACAGCUGCUCUACGACUUCCCCUGGCGCCACAUCGGGAAGCUGGCCUUUCUGGGCAAGAAGUUCGAGCUCUGGCCGGACGGGCUGCCCGCGGCCCGGAAGCUGGUAUACCGCACGGGCAGCUCCCAGCAUUCCCGUCACCUGCUACAGCUGCUCAGCACCAGCCACCAGCUGCACCUGACCCUGCAGCCCGCGCUGCAGCGGCUGCGGCGGCUGGAGGAGGCCCAAGAGAAGAAGUGCUACCGGGAGGCCUGUGUCAGCGGCGUGCUGGAGCUGGAGCUGGACCUGGACCCGGCCAGCAGGGCGUCCCCCGGCUCCCCUGGCAGCGGGGACGGUGGGGACGGAGGCUGGCGUCCUCCACACCGCCUCUCACUCCUCUCGUCUGGCAGCCACUGCAGCUCCCACCCGUCGGGCAUCGAGGCCAACUCCCAGCUGGCGGGGCCCGUGGAGCCCGGGGAGAUGUCGGUGGAUGAGCCCGUCGUCGGGGCUGCAGCGCUCCACGGGGAGGAGCCGCCCAGCAGCUCCAGCACCAGCCAGAGCAGCCGUGGCACAGUUGGCGGUGGCAGAGGUGGGCCUGAAGGUGACACCCGGGACCAGGGGGAAGCCUCUCCCCAGCGGCCCUCGGCUGCAGUGCGGGUCACGCUGGUGAGCACGAGGGGCCCGGGCGCUGAGGCCCAGCACCAGGUGUCGGAGGCCCGGCCGGCAGCCGGCCCCGCGGCCCCGCCCCGCCGCCGCGUGGACGCCCCGCGGCCCGCCCCGCGCAGCUGCCCGCUCCGCCGCGCGCUGGACCCCGGGCCGAAGAGGUCCGUGAACUCCCGCUGCCUGGACCUGCUCGGAGAAGACCAGCUCCCUCAGGAGUUUGUGGUGUAG